AGCCAGAGGAGGACAAAUACUGCACUGUAGCAGGAUGGGGAACGCAAAUAGAGGGUGAAAUACAAUCAAAGUCGGAUACCAUGAUGGAAGUUGAUGUUCCAGUCUUAGACAGCUGUCUAAACAGUUUCCCGGAAUAUAGCGACGAGUCUUUAAUAUGCGCUGGAUAUGAGGAAGGCAUGAAAGAUGCUUGUGCAGGAGACUCCGGUGGUCCAUUGAUGUGCUAUGGGGACACGGAAGGCUGGGUACAAGCUGGGAUAGUCUCCUUUGGCCGUGGCUGUGCUCGGCCGAAUGAGCCGGGGUCCUAUUCCAGGGUAACCUUCUUUCGCUCAUGGAUAAUUGAAACCUUGG